CUGAUUGGGAACUGUGCACUCAAUUUCAAGCUUUCACUGUCUGAUGGGCAUUGAAGAGCAACUGUGCAACAGCAGCAGGAGCAGCCACAGCAGAUUCAGGGACAUCAGAGCACGCUGCUGCUGCAGCACACUUUGGCACUGUUCUUCUGAAAGAACAGGAGAAGACUCAGCAUUUACAGAACGAAGCCUCGUGUCAGGCAAUAUUGGCAUCCCUCCGCAUCUGAUUCACACGUGCAAGUGGCCAGCCUACACCACUUAUACCUCACCUGUGGUCAAGAAGCUUGUGGAGGAGGACAAGUUAAAAAUUGAAGCGUUCCUGGGAGCACCAAGGAGGACUUGUGACGAAUCACACAGCAGCCAGGCUAACCUGCCCCAGAGGAAGCAGAGCCUUGGGUUUCAGGAAACAAUUCCAGAUACACCUCGAAUCAGCAUAACUGUUAGCCCUUCUGGGGUUAGAAAAGACUCAGCAUUUGGCUAUGGUGGCUCGGAGAUGGAGAGUAACGAUUCAGCUUGGGGCCCCUCCAUUACCAAGAACUUGGUCAUUUUUUCCAAAAGAAGAGUCCCUCUUCGUGUUCUGCCAAUGAAGCUGCCAGAUGUUGCCAAAAAGAGGAAAGCCAAGCAGGUAUCUCUGCAAGAAUAGCACCUUUGCUGUGGCACUGUGAGGAAAUGCCUUAAAAUCUCUCAGCAACCAACAUGUAUCAUUAGAUCCUUUUCUUUAUAAUUCUGACUGGAUAGCAAGUAUGUAACGUGACUGGAGUGCAAGGAUAUAGAAACCACUCGUAAUAAAUCAGAGUGUAUAGGCAGUCCCUAGGUUAUAAACAAGACAGCGUCUUUAGUUUUCUCCUUAAGUUGAAUGUGUAUGUAUGUCAUAACAGGUACAUUUUUAAAGUUUAGGAUAGCAUAGGGAAUGGUUAACACUCCUGUAACAUUUGUUUUGUUGUCUUUGCCCCUGUUCAGAAGAUUUCGCCUCACUUUCUGUCCUUGUGAAGAUUGGGUUUUGAAAAAAUUGGUUUGUUCUGGAAACAAGAAUUGGCAAGAAAGUUUCAGUGGAGACACCUUUUUCUCAUGAUAAUUGUACAAUGCAAUUUUCUGAAUCAGCACCCCAAAUAACCAAACCUAAGCUAAAGUUGACUAAAAACUGAUUCGUAACCCUUUUGGUACUAUUGUUGGAGAGUGGUCCCUGGUCAAAAAAGGUUGGGAACCAUUGAUUUAAAUGGCACAUAUAUACACAGAGCUGUAUUGUAUAUGCACAGUACAAGAAGUCUCCACUGCUCUUGAUUUUGAGCAGUAAGAAUCAUAUGUUAGCGGACAUAUUUAGGCACAUCAUUCAAUGGGAGGGAACAGGGAGAAAGGAAAGGUAUGGACCCAUGGCACCAAUGAACAAUGAGCUUGCCAGUUUUAUAGAUGUGCCAAGUAAGGGCUGUGGAAGUCGUAGUAAUAUGCAAAGUGUCCAUAAGUACUCAUGUAUUAUUCAGAAAAAAAUGAAUGUGUCCAAUAUGUGUUAUGGCACUGUUCAGAGUGAAGUUCAUUCUGAAAUACUAGU